GCCUUUCUCUUACAGAGAGACACUAUCUUUUGUUCUUCCUAGAUCUUUCUUCUCAAUAAUCCAUUGCCCAUUUCUUCCACUACUCGAGAAAUUCAGAUCGAAUCACAGUGUUUGAUAUUCUCUUUUGAAGAUAAAAGAGGAUGGAGAACGGUGGACAGUAUGAGAAUGGGCGGUACAAGCCAGAUCACUUGAAAGGAGCACAAUCUACUAUGUGGAAUAUGAUGCCUCAGCAUCAGAUAAAAGAGCAGCACAAUGCGCUUGUGAUGAACAAGAAGAUCAUGUCCAUCCUUGCCGAGAGGGACGCAGCUGUACAGGAAAGAAACCAAGCCGUCUCAGCUAAAAGGGAAGCAGUAGCAGCUCGAGAUGAAGCGCUUCAGCAACGUGACAAAGCUCUCUCUGAAAGAGAUAAAGCCUUGAUAGAGAGAGACACUGCAUUUGCUGCUCUUCAACACCAUGAAAACAGCCUCAACUUUGCUUUGUCCGGUGGGAAGCAGCGCUAUGACGUGGAUGAUGGUUUCAGUUUCGGAGAAACCCACAAGCCUGAUGUCUUCCCUAUAACGACCAUUCCCGCAGAGAAGAAGGUGAGCAAAAGGAAGAAGCAAGGACAAGCAAAAGGAAAGAAAGUUGGUGAAGAUCUGAACCGUGGAGUUGCUGCUCCUGGAAAGAAGAGUAGAACAGAUUGGGACAGUAACGAUGUGGGUUUGAACUUAGUCACCUUCGACGAGACGACAAUGCCAGUGCCGGUGUGCACAUGCACAGGAUCAGCACAUCAGUGUUACAAAUGGGGAAAUGGUGGUUGGCAAUCGUCUUGCUGCACAACCACUCUGUCACAGUAUCCAUUGCCGCAGAUGCCAAACAAGAGGCAUUCUCGAGUGGGCGGUAGGAAAAUGAGCGGAAACGUUUUCUCCAGAUUGCUAAGCCGUUUAGCAGCGGAAGGAUAUGAGCUCUCUUGCCCUGUUGAUCUUAAAGACUAUUGGGCUAGGCACGGGACUAACCGUUACAUCACUAUCAAGUAGCCUCUACGGUUUUACAAAUCCAAAAGCUGUAUGUUUUUUUAGUUGGAUGGGGUCAACUGCCCCAGUAAAAAAAAUUAAGUAGUGUAUGUUUUUAAGGAUAAUUAUUGCUCUCAUAUCAAAUAAUAUAUUUUAUUUUCU